AUGGUAUACGCGCGUGAGGAUGUUGAGAGCGUCCUGGCUGCGCGUGGAUGGAGGGAAGUGAGGCAGAUAGGUGAAGGCUCCUUUGCCAAGGCUCUUUUGGUUGAGGCAUCGGAUGGGACACAGGCGGUAUGCAAGGUGAUGGACAUCACUCAGGCAUCCAAGAAGGAGGCCGAAGCUGCUGCCAAGGAGGGUCGACUCCUGGGAUCCUUGCGGCAUCCUUUCGUUGUCCGUUACCGCGACAGCUUUUGUGAGGCUGGCGUGUUGUGCAUCAUCAUGGACUUCUGCGAAGGCGGAGAGCUUGCUCGACAGAUCCGAAGGGCAAGACGCAAUCAUCAGAGGAUUCCGGAGGAGCAGAUCCUUCGGUGGUUCACUCAGGCCACGCUUGCCGUAAAGUUCAUCCAUGACAAGCACAUCCUUCACAGGGAUUUAAAGCCUGCCAACUUCUUCCUCACAAAGAACGGGUCUUUGAAGAUGGGAGACUUUGGAAUAGCCAAAACGAUGGCUUGCACUCUGGCAUGUGCAAAGACCAGGAUUGGCACCCCAUAUUACUUGAGUCCAGAAGUAUGCCAGGAGAAGCCGUACAACUGGUCAUCGGACAUGUGGUCAAUGGGCUGCAUACUGUACGAGAUGUGUGCCCUGCAGGUGCCUUUCGACGCCCACAGCCUUUCGGGCCUUGUGCAGAAAAUCUGCUACGGCCCGUUGCCCGUGGUUCCGGACUGCUACUCUGACUUCCUUCGCCGGCUGUGCAGACAACUUCUGGACCGUGAGCCGAAGAAGAGACCGUCCGCAGACGAGGUCCUACAACUUCCCGAAAUUCAGCGGGUCGUGCGACAGAUGCUCGAGGAAGUGAGAAGUCUCCAGCGAGAGGACAGUGCAGCCAAAGGGACAGCUGCUGGUGUGGCGGGCACCUACAGGAAAGAUGACCUCGCGGAGUACUACUCGGUCACUCAUGGGGAGUGGCUCCCUUGCGUCGUGAUCGACGCAGACGCUCUGGGCCGAGUGAUGAUUGACCUGCGGCCCGGCGUGUGGCUCUCGCCUGAAGUGCAAGCGAGCAAGAUGCGACCACGAAGAGAAGGAUCUAGUGAGAGCUCUGGGAGUGAGGAAGCGCGGCACGAGAAAGCCUCCGAGGAACAUGCCCCGGGAGGCGAGGUGCCCAUUCCAGCUCCUGUAGAGCAGCUGAAAAAGCUGCCGAAUGGGAGAAGGAGGGCCGUCGGCGUAGCGCUCCGUCUUCGGGACUCCCCAAGACCUCCGGAGGAGCCAAGGGUGGUUCGCUGCCACGAGGCCAACUACGAUCAGCUCGACAAGCUGAUGGGGCAGGACAAGGCCCGGCCUGUUGGGCGGAGUCCAUCAGUUGGUGCCAUCGAUUGCCAUCAAGCACCCAUGAGGCGAGCUCCGUCUUACUCCGGUUUAGCCAGCCGACCGACGCCCCAAAACCGAAGGCCGGCUUUGGCUCCGCUGGAGAAUCCGCCCAACAGCCGGCCGCCAUCGUCUGACAGUGUGGGGACGCCCCCACUGCAAGCUGCGAAGGCCAAUCUGGUGUGUGUCAGAUGA